AUGAAUGGUUACUCAAAGAUUAGACAAGAUAGCAUCUCAAAAUCAAGAUCCGUAGAUCUUUCAGAGCACUACUCACCACUCCCAACACCUAGUCUUGCAUCGAACAGCAGCUCUGAAAGCAAAGAGACCAGAAAAAUCCAUGACGGAAAGUGCACUGCAAUCAAUGAUUACCUUCCAGAGAAAGGACAAGAAGAGGAGGUUGGGGAGAUAUUUGGGGUGAUUUUAAGCAGAAGCUGUUCUGCUUCUUCUCGUGGGCUAAAGGUUGAGAAACAAAAUCCAGCCCCACUGGAGAAUGCAGUCAGAAGGGCAUUUUCUAUGAGAAGAUCAUCUUCAGGUUUACAAGGGUAUUGCCGGAUCCAUCACCAAAGUGAUUUUAUUGCCGAUGAAGGUAAAGCAACUAUAGUACCUGCAAGAAAAACCAAGAAAAAGAAAGGCAAGAUCUUUAACGCUUGUAGGCUUCUCUUUGGACUCUAG